AUGUUUUUGUGACAAUUGGAAGAACAAAGAAAUACCACCUAUAACAUAUGCUUAAUCAUCCAUAUUUUUUGUACAAAUACAAAGUCUCCACAACACAAUACCAGGUAUGGCUAUGGAGCUGCUGAUACAGAUCAUGCUAGCAUUAUUUUUUAUACAAAAAGCAUCUGCACAGGAGAGCUCAGUAGCAAAACCUGGAUGUCCAGCCAUAUGUGGAAACCUCACAAUUCCUUAUCCAUUCGGAAUUGGAACUGAUUGUUCAGCAAACCAGACAUUCACAAUAUUCUGUAACCACUCUAUUAGUCCACCGAGAGCUUUCCUCAGUGAAAAUGUUAAGCUGGAGGUGCUGAAUAUAUCUCUAGAAUUAGGCACAAUCCAAGUGAACACUCCAGUGAUCACAAAUUGUGAGAAAAGAAGUAAUGAUCAACCAUUGAUGUCAUCUGAGCCGUUUACGUUCUCAGACACUCAGAACCGGCUCACUGCCAUAGGAUGCGAGACUGUUGCUGUGAUAUCCCAAGAAGGGCUAAGUGUUGGGGGGUGCCUGACAUUUUGCAAUAUUAGCUCUAUAAAAAGAAAUAAUAGUUGUUUCGGAUCCUGCUGUCAGACGAAUAUUCCCCCGUCUUUGAAGUUGAUCAAUGCAUCUUUGAAUAGCAUUGAUGGGAAAGAAGGAUGCGGAUUUGUAUUUGUUGUAGAUCAGAAUUGGUUUGGGAGCAGAACGGAUGUCUAUGAUGUGACAAAUUUGGAACAAGUUCCGGCUGUGCUGGAUUGGAGACCAACCGGGGCCUGUAACUCAUUUGGACCGGUCAAUUCCUCCACAAAAAGCUCUGUGUGUGGAAGAAACAGUUUAUGCACUGAUCAAGGCUUGUGUUCUUGUCGUGAAGGCUAUGAAGGAAAUCCUUAUUUGCCAGAUGGAUGUCAAGAUAUCAAUGAGUGCGAAACAUAUGAUUACAACAGAUGUCAGCAGACCUGUACCAAUACGCCAGGAAGCUAUAGUUGUUCAUGCAUAAAUGGAUGGGUACCUGAAGGACAAUACAACUGCAUGAAGACUGAUCCUUCCCUUGUUUCUUACAGAAGAUUUUCUCCAUCGAUCUUGAUAGUUACUUGUACCAGUCUAGGGGUGGUAUUGGUACUGGCACCUAUGUGUUUGUACAAAGUAAUGAAGCGAAGACAUAAACGUAAACUAAGGGAGAAGUUUUUCAAGAGAAAUGGCGGUCUGUUAUUACAUCAACAAGUGUCUUCUACUGAAACUAAUGUCGAGACAACCAAAUUGUUUAGUUCAAAGGAGCUGGAUAAAGCAACCAACCACUAUAACGUGGAUCGGAUUCUUGGACAAGGAGGACAAGGUACUGUCUACAAAGGAAUGUUGACGGAUGGAAGAAUAGUAGCAGUGAAAAAAUCAAAGAUAGAAGAUGAUAACAAACUUGCACAUUUCAUUAAUGAGAUUAUAAUUUUGUCACAAAUAAACCACAGGAAUGUUGUAAGGCUCCAUGGAUGCUGCUUGGAGACCGAGGUCCCUUUACUGGUUUACGAGUUCAUACCUAAUGGAACGCUUUUUCAGUAUAUCCAUGACCAUAAUGAAGAUUUUCCACUUACCUGGGAUGUCCGUGUUCGUGUGGCCACAGAAGUUGCAGGAGCUCUUUCCUAUCUACACUCUGCUGCAGCUAUUCCAGUAUACCACCGAGAUAUCAAGUCUUCAAACAUACUUUUAGACGAAAAGUACAGGGCAAAAGUUGCAGACUUUGGAACUUCAAGAUCAUUUUCCAUCGAUCAAUCCCACGUGACAACAAAAAAAGUACAGGGUACAUUUGGCUACUUCGAUCCUGAGUACUUCCGGUCAAGCCAGUUUACAGACAAAAGUGAUGUUUAUAGCUUUGGGGUAGUUCUUGUUGAGCUCCUGACAGGCCAAAAACCAAUCAUGGCACCUAGACCAGACGAUGAAGGACGAAGCUUAGUAACAUAUUUUAUAUCAGCAAUGGAAGAAAAACGUAUACUAGAUAUUAUUGAUUUGCGAAUAGCAAAAGAUGGCGAAAAAGAAGAGCUGAUAAAAUUUGCUGAACUUGCAUACAGAUGCUUGCACUUGAAGGGUAGAAAAAGGCCUACAAUGAAACAAGUUGCAGCCGAACUAGACAGUAUUAGAAUGUCACACGGGUCGGCUACUGCUCAACAGAACUAUGAAGAUGUCGGAUAUUCAGUAAGUGAACUCAAUGAGGCUUGGGACAGAAGCUCAACGUAUACAUCUUCCACUGCAUAUAUCAGCUUCACGGUUGAUGCAGAGCCUCUUAUUACAAAAUAGUCAUGUUAAACAUAAAGGAGAAGUGAUUGAUCGCGACGACGAGGAAAAGUGUAUUGAUUCUGUUAAUUUUUAUAUUGGAUGGAAUGUUAAUCUUUGUGUAUUCAGUUUAGAUCCUUUAAAAAUGUUGGUAGAGUUCUGCAGAGUUCAACCUAAAUCCAUGAGGUGUUUUUUUCGUA